AUGGAUAACCUACGUAUCCUAAGUCGUUUUGACACCAACUCUCGCUCUCGGGUAUCUACCUCUGAUGACGCUUUGGAGUGUGCAACAUCGUUGGAUGCUGCGAAAGCAGCCAAGAUAUUCCUUCUCUCUGCUGCUCAGUCUAAAGCUGUAUGCCAAGAGUCUGCAUCAAGUAUUGUAAAUGGUUUGAAUCAGCUGGUUAAUUCAGGAUUUGCUCUCACCCCUUGCUUUUGCUCUGGUUUACUUGCAGGGUACACCCUCAUGAUGAUUUCCCACUUUGAUUCAUCAGCACAUGCAGGCACACAUCAUGGAGUGUCGCAGGAGAUACAAAAGAAACUUUCAGAUGACGUCGAGACUGCUAUUCGAGUGCUCGCACAUUUCUCUAGAGGCUUUGGUGCUGUAGCGGCUUUGAAAGGUAAUAUGCCCAGUGCCUCAAAGACGACCGAAAGCUGA